CCCAAGAAAUACGAUGGGGAAGAAGGAGCGCAUGCAAGCGGUCGGCCGCGUCGGCGCCAAGGCCAAGGCCGGCGCCAAGACCUUUGGCCGCGGCAAGAGCAACGCCUUUGACGUGCAGUCCAACUCGCGCUCCAAGUACGAGGUGCUCGGGAAGCGCAUCAAGGGCCAAGGUCGCAACGUGGCGCAAGCCCGCGCGCAGGCCGAGGACCGCCGCCGUCAAACGCUGCUCAAGCAGUUCCAGACGCGCAAGAAGAACAACGAGUUCAAGGAUCGCCGUCUUGGCGAGCAGAGCGAAGACAUGUCGCUCGAAGACAAGAUGCUCGCGCGCUUUCAGACCGAGCGCAAGAAGCAGUACCAGCAGCAGCGCAACGCGUCCAAGUUCAACCUCGCGGAUGAGACCAACGACAACGAAGAGGAGUUUCUGACGCAUCGCGGCCAAAAGAUUGACGACUACGACGCCUUUGACGGCCACGAGGGCAGUGACAUGGACGAGGAAGACCGUGCGUUCGAGAACAAGCUCGGGCGCGAACUCGUGAACCAGCUCCACUUUGGCGGCGGCAGCGCUGCGACUGGCGACGAACCCGCGAAGAAGAAGACGCACGAAGAGAUCAUGCACGAGGUCAUGAUGAAGAGCAAGAUGUACAAGGCCGAGAAGCAGAAGAACAAGGCCACCCAGGACGAGACGACCGAGGUCCUGGACGCCGAGUUUGCGGACUUUCAAAAGAUGCUGUCGUUCCGCCCGAAGAAGGCCGACCGGACGCCGGAAGCGCGCGGCGAGCUUGAUGAAUUCGAUAAGAUGGCGCGCCUCCUCUCGAUGGAAGCCAAGGCCAAGGCCACCGAGCGCAAGCUCACGCCCGAAGAGAUCGCCAAGAAGGAGCACGAGAAGCUCGCCGAGCUCGAGAAGCAGCGUAUCGCGCGCAUGAACGGCGAAGACGAGAGCGAUACCGAGACGGCCAAGAAGGCCACCAAGAAGGGCGGCAAGAAGCAGCCCAAGUUCAUUCUCAUGCGCCCGCCGCCGGCCACGGACGACUCGCUCAACGACGACUAUCAGAUCGACCAGCAGUUCAACCAAACCAACGACAGCGACGCCGAGAACGACCAGGAAGACGGUCAAGACGAGGCCGAGGGCGGCGACGAAGAGGAAGAAGAUGACGACGACGGCGAUGAGGACGAGGACGCCGAUCUGGAAGAGGACGACGAAGAUGACAACGACGAAGAUGACGAGGAUGACGACGAGGAAGAGGAAGAGGUCGACGAAGAAGCCCUUGCCCGUGCGCAGAAGAAGCGCGCGGACGCAGCCAAGGAGAUCCCGUACGUGCUCGAGUGCCCGACGACGCCGGCGGAGCUCGCGGCGCUCUUCUCCAAGUACGCGCACAACGCGACCGACCGCAACACGAUCAUUGAGCGCCUCCGCAAGUACUACUCGCCCAAGCUCAGCGCGGCCAACCAGGGCCUCAUGAAGAAGCUCUUUGCGGUGCUUUUGCGCCAGUUCCUCAAGUACGCUGCCAAUUACGACAAGUUUGGCGCCGACUUGCACCACCUGGCGGGUCACCUUUUCGACACGGCGCAGGAGUUUCCCGACCACGCCGGCGCGCUCUUCCGUGACUACCUCACGGCGCUCCAGAAGAAGCUUUUGAAGAAGAAGACGAUGCCGUGGCCCGACAUGCGCGACUUGCUCCUUCUGCGCGUCGCGCUCUCGGUGUUCCCCGUCACGGAUCUCCGCCACAACGUCUUGUCGCCGAUCGAGCUCCUUGUCGGGCAGGCGCUGGCGAAGGCGCCGAUCGCGUCGGCCAGCGAUGUGCGCAGUGCGCUCUUCUGCGUCGGCUUGAGUUUGCACAUGUCGCGCGACAAGAAAAAGUUCUCGCCCGAAGUGCUGCACGCGCUCACGUCGCUCGUCGAGCUCCUCGGCAACCCCGAGAGCACGUGGUGGGUUGACGCCAUCAACGCGUGGGUCGAGGAUCACAAGGAGGAUGCGUUCCCGCUUCUCCCGCUGCACACACCGCUGCCCAAUGAAGCCAUGUCGGCGGCGCUCUUCCACGGUCUCUUGAGCUUUAUCGAUGUCGCGGCCACGCAGUAUGCGGCGCUGCCGUCGGUCAACGAGCUGCUCGCGCCGAUCGAGCGCCUCCUCAAGGCCAUUCACGCCAAGCACCUUCCGGCGACCAACGGCCGCCUCGAAGCCACGCUGACGCUGCUGCAGACGACCAUGAAGAGCUCGCUCAAAGCGCGCAAGCCGCUGCGCCUUCAGACGUUUGCGCCGACGGUGCUCCCGUCGUUCGUGCCCAAGUUUGACGAAAACUACGCGAUGCGCAAGGACAAGACAGCGGACCGCGACAAGGCCGAGCUCAAGCAGCUCCAGCGCCAGGUCAAGCGCGAACGCAAGGGCGCGAGCCGCGAGCUUCGCCGCGACGCGGCGUUCCUCGCGCGCCAGCGCGAAGAAGAGCGCUCCACCUGGCAGGCCGAGAAGAACGCCAAGCAAAAGGAGAUCCGGUCGUGGAUGGAGCAGCAGAACGCGACCUUCAACCAACAGGUGCGCAAGGGCGGCGAGCUCCUCAAGGGCGGCGGCGCUGGCCUCGCCAAGAAGCGCCGUGUUAGUAAAAAGUAGACGACUGCCCACUAAAAUUAAACGACUCAUGAUGUAUUACACGCC